CAAGUCCUUUAUCCAGAUACACAACUUGCAGAUAUUUUCUUCUAGUCUGUGGCUUGUAUUCAUCUUUUUAAUAAUACUGCUUAAAGUACAAAAGUUUAAAAUUUUCAUGACCUAAUUUGUCAGUUGUGUGUGUGUGUGUUGUUUUUUUUUUUUAUUGGAUUGUGCUUUUGAUGUCAUAUCCAAAGACUUUUUGCUUAACCAAGAUCAUGAAGAUUUUCCCCUGUGUUUUCUUGUAGAAGUUUUACAGUUUGGGGUUUUACACUUAAGUCCCUGAUCCAUUUUGAGUUAAUUUUUAUGCCUAGUGUGAGGUUAAGGUUUUUUUUAAAGGUUUAAAUUAAUCUUUUUGUAUGUGGAUACCCAGUUGUCCAGCAUAGUUUGUUGAAAAGACUGUCUUUUCUCCCAUUGAAUUGCCUUGGCACCUUCAUUGAAAAUUGACCAUACGUGUAAGGGCUUUUUUCCUUUUAUUUUUUAAAUAUUUUAUUUUUGAAGAUUUAUUUAUUUUAGGGUGAGAGUGUGCAAGCACGAACUGGGGUGAGGUGGGGGCAGAGGGAGAGAGGGAAAGAGAGAAUCUCAAGCAGACUGCGCUGAACACAGAGUCUGACAUGGGGCUUGAGAUCAUGACCUGAGCCGAAAUCAGGUGUCAGAUGUUUAACCAACUGAGCCACCCAGGAACCCCUGUUUUUUUGUUUUUUUUUUUAAACCCCAACUAUUUAUUUUCUUUCUUCUUUUAAAGGCAGCUCUGUGCCCACUGUGGGACUUGAACUCAAGACCCUGAGAUCAAGAGUUGCAUGCUCUACCAACUGAGCCAGCCAGGCACCCCUGUAAGGGUUUAUUUCUGGAUUUUCAGCCGAGAAGUCGGAGACCCUUGUGCAUGAAGACAGAUUUGUUCUAUGGCCUCGGAGUUGGGAGCCGGGGACGAUGGCGGCUGCACUGAGCUGGCAAAGCCCCUCUAUCUUCAAUACUUGGAGAGGGCCCUCCGGUUGGACCAUUUCUUGCGACAAACAUCAGCCAUCUUCAACAGGAAUAUUUCUAGUGAUGAGAGUGAAGAUGGACUGGAUGACAGUAAUCCUUUAUUGCCCCAGUCUGGGGAUCCCUUAAUACAAGUUAAGGAAGAACCUCCAAAUUCAUUGCUUGGAGAAACUUCUGGAGCAGGCAACUCUGGAAUGUUAAACACAUACUCACUGAAUGGAGUUCUACAGUCAGAAUCAAAAUCUGACAAAGGGAAUUUAUAUAACUUCUCUAAAUUGAAGAAAAGCAGGAAGUGGCUAAAGAGCAUUCUGCUAAGUGAUGAGUCCAGUGAGGCAGAUUCUCAGAGUGAAGACAAUGAAGAAGAAGAAGAAGAAGAGGAAGAACUCCACCUCAGCAGAGAAGAACUUCAUAACAUGUUGCGGCUGCACAAGUAUAAGAAACUUCACCAGAAUAAGUAUAGCAAAGACAAGGAGCUGCAGCAGUACCAAUACUACAGUGCAGGCCUGCUCUCCACGUACGACCCUUUCUAUGAGCAACAACGGCACCUACUUGGACCCAAAAAAAAGAAAUUCAAGGAGGAAAAGAAGCUUAAAGCCAAGUUGAAAAAAGUGAAGAAAAAAAGGCGAAGGGAUGAAGAACUUUCCUCUGAAGAAUCUCCUCGUUGCCACCACCAUCAGACCAAAGUCUUUGCCAAGUUCUCUCAUGAUGCACCUCCUCCUGGCACCAAGAAGAAGCACUUAUCCAUUGAGCAGCUUAAUGCUCGUCGCAGGAAAGUAUGGCUCAGCAUUGUGAAAAAGGAACUACCAAAGGCCAACAAGCAGAAAGCUUCAGCUCGUAACCUGUUUCUCACCAAUAGCCGAAAGCUUGCCCACCAGUGCAUGAAGGAGGUGCGUCGAGCCGCCUUGCAGGCCCAAAAGAACUGUAAGGAGACCUUGCCUCGUGCCCGCCGCCUCACCAAGGAGAUGCUUCUGUACUGGAAGAAGUAUGAGAAGGUGGAGAAGGAACAUCGCAAGCGUGCGGAGAAGGAGGCCUUGGAGCAGCGCAAGUUGGAUGAGGAAAUGCGGGAGGCCAAGAGGCAACAGCGAAAACUGAACUUCCUAAUCACCCAAACAGAGUUGUAUGCCCAUUUCAUGAGUCGCAAACGAGACAUGGGUCAUGAUGGAAUUCAGGAAGAAAUCCUAAGGAAACUGGAAGACAGUUCUACCCAAAGACAAAUUGACAUUGGUGGAGGGGUGGUAGUUAACAUUACACAGGAGGAUUAUGAUAGUAACCAUUUCAAAGCUCAGGCCCUGAAGAAUGCUGAAAAUGCUUAUCAUAUUCAUCAAGCUCGGACAAGGUCAUUUGAUGAAGAUGCGAAAGAAAGUCGAGCAGCUGCCCUUCGGGCAGCAAACAAGUCUGGCACUGGGUUUGGGGAGAGUUACAGCCUGGCAAACCCAUCUAUCCGGGCUGGGGAAGAUAUUCCACAGCCUACAAUUUUUAAUGGCAAAUUAAAAGGCUAUCAGCUGAAAGGCAUGAAUUGGUUGGCAAAUCUCUAUGAACAGGGCAUUAAUGGCAUUCUUGCAGAUGAAAUGGGCCUUGGUAAAACAGUGCAGAGUAUUGCCCUCCUGGCCCAUUUGGCUGAGCGAGAGAACAUCUGGGGACCUUUCUUAAUAAUUUCACCUGCUUCUACACUUAACAAUUGGCACCAGGAAUUUACUAGAUUUGUUCCUAAAUUUAAGGUGCUACCAUAUUGGGGAAAUCCUCAUGAUAGAAAAGUUAUCAGAAGGUUCUGGAGUCAGAAGACCCUCUACACUCAGGAUGCCCCCUUCCAUGUGGUUAUCACCAGCUACCAGCUAGUGGUGCAGGAUGUAAAGUAUUUCCAGCGUGUCAAGUGGCAGUACAUGGUAUUGGAUGAGGCUCAGGCACUCAAGAGUAGUUCCAGUGUUCGUUGGAAGAUUCUCUUGCAGUUCCAGUGUCGGAAUCGGCUUUUGCUAACUGGGACCCCAAUUCAGAACACCAUGGCAGAGCUCUGGGCUCUGCUACAUUUCAUUAUGCCAACAUUAUUUGAUUCACAUGAGGAAUUUAAUGAAUGGUUUUCCAAGGACAUUGAGAGCCAUGCCGAAAACAAAUCUGCCAUUGAUGAGAAUCAACUCUCUCGAUUACACAUGAUCUUGAAGCCAUUUAUGCUGAGGAGAAUCAAGAAAGAUGUAGAAAAUGAAUUGUCUGACAAGAUUGAGAUUCUCAUGUAUUGCCAGCUGACCAGCCGACAGAAGCUUCUGUAUCAGGCACUAAAGAACAAAAUUUCUAUUGAGGAUUUAUUGCAGUCUUCUAUGGGCUCUACCCAGCAAGCACAGACCACCACCAGCAGCCUCAUGAAUCUGGUCAUGCAGUUUAGGAAGGUGUGUAAUCACCCAGAGUUAUUUGAACGACAAGAAACUUGGUCUCCAUUUCAUAUUUCCUUAAAGCCAUACCAGAUUUCAAAGUUUAUCUACCGUCAUGGACAGAUCAGGGUCUUCAACCAUUCACGUGACAGGUGGUUAAGGGUUCUUCUUUCUCCAUUUGCACCAGACUAUAUCCAGCAGUCUCUCUUUCACAGAAAAGGUGUUAAUGAAGAAAGCUGUUUCUCCUUCCUUCGCUUUAUUGAUGUAUCUCCAGUAGAAAUGGCAAACCUCAUGCUUCAGGGACUUUUGGCCAGAUGGUUAGCUCUUUUCCUGUCUCUGAAAGCCUCCUACAGGCUCCAUCAGCUGCGCUCCUGGGGAGAGCCAGAAGGGGAGAGCCAGCAGAGAUAUCUGAGAAACAAGGAUUUCCUUCUUGGGGUUAAUUUUCCACUCUCCUUUCCCAACCUUUGCAGCUGCCCUUUGUUAAAGUCUCUGGUUUUCAGCAGCCACUGUAAAGCAGUGAGUGGCUACUCAGACCAGGUCAUCCAUCAGCGGAGAUCAGCUACCUCCUCGCUUCGUUGCUGCCUGCUCACUGAACUGCCAUCUUUUUUGUGUGUGGCCAGUCCACGAGUUACCGCAGUGCCAUUGGAUUCUUACUGCAAUGACCGAAGUGCAGAAUAUGAGCGGCGAGUGCUGAAGGAAGGAGGGAGUCUGGCAGCCAAGCAGUGUUUGUUAAAUGGGGCCCCUGAACUGGCGGCAGAGUGGCUAAAUCGACGGUCCCAGUUCUUCCCAGAGCCAGCUGGAGGACUGUGGAGCAUCAGGCCUCAGAAUGGCUGGUCUUUCAUCAGGAUUCCAGGCAAGGAGAGCCUCAUCACUGACAGUGGAAAGCUGUAUGCCCUUGAUGUCCUCCUGACUCGGCUCAAGUCUCAAGGACAUAGGGUCCUUAUCUACUCCCAGAUGACCAGGAUGAUAGACCUGCUGGAGGAAUACAUGGUUUACAGGAAGCAUACCUACAUGAGGCUUGAUGGCUCAUCCAAGAUCUCAGAGAGGCGGGACAUGGUUGCUGAUUUUCAGAACAGGAAUGACAUCUUUGUAUUCCUGCUAAGUACACGAGCUGGAGGACUGGGUAUCAAUCUCACUGCUGCAGAUACAGGAAUAGUUCUCCUAGUCAUUUAUUUGCAUAGUCAAGAAAAAGAAGAAGCAGAUUUGAGCGAGGAGAUCCUGCUUUAUGCUUCCAGUAUUCACAUAAUUUGCCGUGUGGAGGUGAUUUUUUAUGACAGCGACUGGAACCCCACUGUGGACCAGCAGGCCAUGGACAGAGCCCACCGCUUGGGGCAGACAAAGCAGGUUACUGUGUACCGACUCAUCUGUAAAGGCACCAUUGAGGAACGCAUUCUGCAGCGAGCCAAGGAGAAGAGUGAGAUUCAGCGGAUGGUGAUUUCUGGUGGGAACUUCAAACCAGAUACCUUAAAACCCAAAGAGGUGGUUAGUCUUCUUCUAGAUGAUGAAGAGCUGGAAAAGAAAUUGAGACUGCGGCAAGAAGAGAAACGGCAGCAGGAGGAAACCAACCGAGUCAAAGAGCGCAAGCGCAAGCGGGAAAAGUAUGCAGAGAAGAAGAAAAAGGAAGAUGAAUUGGAUGGUAAAAGGAGAAAGGAGGGUGUGAACCUAGUGAUCCCAUUUGUUCCCUCGGCUGAUAACUCCAACCUCUCUGCUGACGGGGAUGACUCCUUCAUUAGCGUGGACUCGGCCAUGCCCAGCCCUUUCAGUGAGAUCUCCAUCAGCAGUGAGCUGCACACCGGCUCCAUCCCCCUGGACGAGAGCAGCAGUGAUAUGCUGGUCAUCGUGGAUGACCCAGCCUCCUCAGCCCCCCAGUCUCGGGCCACCAACUCUCCUGCUUCCAUAACAGGCUCCGUUUCAGACACUGUGAACGGAAUUUCCAUUCAGGAAAUGCCAGCCGCAGGACGUGGCCACUCCGCUCGAAGCCGAGGCCGCCCCAAAGGGUCAGGAAGCACAGCCAAAGGAGCCGGGAAAGGCCGGAGCCGGAAGUCCACCGCAGGCAGUGCUGCUGCAAUGGCAGGAGCCAAAGCAGGGGCCGCGGCGGCCUCAGCAGCCGCCUAUGCUGCAUACGGGUACAAUGUGUCUAAAGGAAUCUCUGCCAGCAGUCCUCUGCAGACGUCUCUUGUUCGGCCUGCUGGCCUUGCUGACUUUGGACCUUCAAGCGCCUCUUCUCCCUUGAGUUCCCCUUUGAGCAAAGGAAAUAAUGUUCCUGGGACUCCCAAGAACCUCCACUUGACCAGCAGCCUAGCCCCAGACUCCCUGGUCCGGAAACAGGGCAAAGGCACCAACCCCUCUGGAGGACGGUAACCACCUGGACCUUCUGGCUUCCUUCAACCAAACCAGGGGCCAGAGUCCUGGCCCACAUAUGGUCUUUGGAUGGCUUGCCCAGUGCAGCGUCUUACAUCCCAGGUCAGAGGGCAGAGAUGACCAGUUGCAGCAAGGGAAGGACAGGCAGGUGGUUGGUGUGAGCACUUUUCUCACCUGUGUCUCAAGAGGAGUGCUCUGGGGGGCCUAUGAGGAAGAAGGCCCAAGGACAGAGAUCGGCCUCACAGCAUCUCUAGUGAACUUUACAGCCACAUCUUAAACCUCGCACUGGGGAAGGGCCUGACAUAGACCCCCUGUAGAUGCUCAGGCACACAGUCUCCAUCCCCAUUCCACUUGGGCUCUGGUCAUGUCCCUUGCAGAGGCUCUGCAAGUGCUGUGAAGAACCUUCCACAGUGGAGACCUCUCUUAGGGCUGUGAUUUCCUGUCGGGCUAGGAAGGGAGGAAAUCCUGUAUCUGGCAUCCUCGGUCUUUGGGCAGCUCCCCGGGUCUCCAGACUCCAUUUGCCAGUGUCAGCACCGAAGAGAACAGUGAGUGCGAAAAGGUUAGUGAGUGGCUCAUGAGGGUGACAGAGACUAGAGGAGGCAUGCCCGGAGGCACUUGUUUUCCCAGCAUUUCCUCCCCUGUCCUGCAUGGUUCAUGCCAGAGAACCUUCAGGUCCCACCAGCAACCGUAGCAGCAGCUUCCACCCCGGGACUCCCAGAAGCCAGUAAAGAAACCAGGAGCCAUCUCAAUCAGCAGGAGACAUCCUCACUGCCCCUCUUGCAGACUCCCCUUGCCCUUCCUGAAUGCACAGUCUCCCCACCCCUGCCCUUCAGCCCCCUGCUUGGCUGUAUGCACUGUCUAUAUUGCACUGAGAAAGGAAGGGACAGCAGGAGUGAGGCGGAGAGGAUGGAGAAAGGGCAAAGCUCAGUACCGACCCUCCUGGCCUCAGCCCCCCACCUGCCUCAGCUUGCGCCGCCCCGCCCCCCACAAGAGAGGCAAAGGGGUGGUGUUUGCAUGGGAGGUGUUUCUGCCUGCCCCCAGCCUGAUGUCCCUGGUGGAGCAGGUGCUUCCGGGCGGGCCAGCCUCUAAUUUGCACACCUGAAAAUCGCGGAAUUGAGUUUAGACAGAUUGAUUUUUAAAACUUUUUUUUGGAGUAGGGGUGAUAGGGGAAUCAUUUAAUUUAAAUCAUUAAGAUUCCCCUGCCCAAACCCAGACUCUUGUGUACAGAUGCUAUUUAGAGGGAAUCAGAAAAAUGCCAAGCCUUUUUUCUCUUUGAAUGUGCUGUCUAUUUUUAUAACUGAACUUGUACAUAUGUAUAAAGAGAGACACAUCUUUCUUUUACUAACUGGAGAAAAAAAUCUUAAAUAAAAUGGAGUGAGAUAAUUUUAUGUAAAUCAGGGUGUCUGUGGUCUUUGCAGCUGCCUCUCUUGGGGGCAUAGUAGGGUUCUUGGAGGAAUGUGGCAGGGUUAAAGGGAAACAGCCCCAACAUCAUUCCUGUGGUCGGAGAGGACAGGUUGUCAUUGGGAUGAGGAGUGCUCUGUGGGCAUUUCCUCAGUGGUAUUUUUAAUCAGGCUUAGGAAUUUGCCUGCAGCCAUCAGAGAGGAGGUCUGACCAGUCCCUGGCAUGCUCGAGGCCAGGGCCCUCAGGGUGUGAACUCAUUAUGACUCAGGACCUAGACUCUAAGACUCAGUUGUGGACGGCUUGGUCUGGUCCACCGUCAGAAAGCUCAAAAGUGGUCAUCUGAAUACUGACAGGUUCUUUCUCCAGAAACCACAAAUGAGAGAUGAUCCUGGCAAUGUGUAAUGUGUCAGAUCCGCAACUAAUAGGUACAACUUUAUGGUCCCAAUUUCUAAAACUGUGGUGUGUGUACACAAAUAUGUGUAUUGGCAGUUCCCGUACACUUGUCUGUGGGUCAGUUAAGGCAGCGGAAAUACUAACUGUGAACGGAAUUCAGUGUUCUCAAAGUUAGCCGUGCUUGUAAGAAUCAUGAACGAAAACAGUGAAAUAUGUUGCAAUGAUUCCAAAGACAUCCAUGCUUGGAAAACUUAGCUCUCCGGUCAGUUGGUAAAAGAUCAAGUUCCCAGCCUAGACUGGCAGUUGGUGUUUCUCCCAUGAGCAAAAACACUGAUAGGCUCUUGCGUCACCUUCAGGCAGGGCCCGUGCCGUUCCCAAGUAUGCUGCCUGUGUGGCCUCCCGAGCCUUGGCUCAGCCUGCGUACCCUUGAUCGGAGUCGGCUGGCUCCUGAGGAGCAGCUGCUCACCCAGUCACAGGGUCACCCUUUCUUCAUUUUGUCCGUCUCCAGUAGCACUAUCAUGCAUGCUGGGUCUUGAUUUCCCUGCUGCUGGCAGAUUCGACCAAGGCCUCACACAGACCAGGUUACCAGAGUAACCACGCUCUCUUGUCAUCACCACGG